UUGAGGACACUUUUUACUAUUGCAGGCUACAGAGCGACUGAAUUUUAUAUCCUGUAUUUAUGUUAUUUUUCUAUUUUUUCACAGCUACUGAUCCCGAUGUAUAAUCAUAUUUUAUUAAACUGACAGACAACAUGUGUCAUGUAUUGGACUGAUUAGAAAUGUAGCAGGAUCCCGCCUCUCUCUACCUCAGUAGGCUGAAAUAAAGAGAAAUACAACAAAAGAAGAGACAGUCAUGUUGAUAUGAACAUUAGAGAAACACAUCAUGGAGAUGAAAUAUGAUACUGGUUAAUAAUUUGGAUUUAUUCGCCUUAGCUGACACAUUCAACAGCAGACAGGUUUUUGUCACAGUCACAUUCACUGUGGGAGCUGAUGACUACCUCAUCUUUGGCUCUGGAACUAAACUGUAUGUAGUUAAGCAGGUAGUGAAGCCCGUGGUGAGCGUGUACCCAGCAGCCAACCUGGAGGGGAAGAGCUCCCUGCUGUGUCUGGCCUCAGCCAUGUCUCCUCCUGUGGUCCAGUUCUCCUGGAAAAGACAGAAGAAGAACGGCCCGCUGGAGGAUCUGCCCCCUGCUGAGGGAGAGCAACUGGAGCUCAGAGAGCGAGGACGCACCGUCGCCAUCAGAGUGGUUGAUCGGGAUGCUCUCUACACAUAUAAAUACCACUGCUACGUCAAGCACAAGGGGGGCACAGUGGUGGCCCAAACAGAACAAGAGGUUUCUGCUCUUCUUUCACCAACAACAGCUCUAACAGCAGCUCCAUCACCAUCUCGCACACCAGCUCCAUCAGCAGAGCCACCAGCAGCUCCACCAGCAGGUUUUGUCCCGUCUCAGUACCAGGUGAAGCUGCUCUGUGUGCUGUACACAGUGCUGAUAGUGAAGAGUCUGGUGUACUGCUGUGGACUCUCUCUGCUGAUGAUCCUCAGAAACAAGGGACCGUCCACCAACUGCACACAUGCUGACUGACUGUUUUCUGCUCGUCUUUUCUCACCAUCACAUCUCAUCAAUUCAUCUCAUUUAUCACUUUGAUCAGUGUUCAGAAAUGUCACUUAUGACGUGUUGUGUUUAAAUUUACGGUUAAGACACAGUUGUCCUAAAACUAUAAAUACACACACGCACACAUACAGAAACAAAGUGUAAAUUCUGUAGAAUAUUAAUAUCUUGAUGCUCUAUUUUAAUUCCACUUUUAAUCGUGACUUGUAUAAUAGUGUAAAAUGAAAUUGAAUCAUUAGUUACCUGGUAGAUAUUUAAGUGCUUACAGUAUUUUUUCUUUCUUGUGUAUUUUCUUUUUAAUACAUUAUGCAGAGGGUGGCAGGUUUGUCAAAGUCAUUCAGAGUAACAUUCUCAAUAAACUGAAACAUCACAGUUUCUGUCA